AUGGCCGCAGUACAAGUACCAUGGACAUCACCGGAGCAUGUACCAGAGGUUUAUAAAGGACCUCCGAGGAACAUUGAAUCCUUGAACAAUCUAAAGUUCAAUGAGAAGCUUCAACCCAAGGAGUACUCCAUUGCGGGAACACAUCCCACGUCGAAAGUCCUUAUCACCGAUGUUCAGAUUAUAGAGGCUACCGGGAAAAGUCCGUACCGUGGGGACGUCCUCAUUGUCGGGGAACGAUUUGCACACGUGGGCGAAGUACCGGGAAAAACGGACUUGCUCAAAACCCCAAGUGUGAGAGUGUUCUAUGGGAAUGGACGAACUUUGAUACCCGGCCUCGGAGAUGCCCACACACAUCUGAGUUGGAAUGGCGGUGACCUUGGCCGCCUGGGCGAGCUAGGAAUCGAAGAGCACACUCUUUUGACCGCCAGGAGUGCGCGUUGUUAUCUUGAUUCGGGCUACACUAUGUGCUUUGGGGCAGCGUCAGCCAAAAAACGCCUCGAUGUUGUUGUCCGUGAUGCGAUCAACAUGGGCGAUAUUCCGGGACCUCGUUACCUCGCAAAUAGUCAAGAAAUAGCUCGUCGAGAUGGGGACCUUGUACCUGGUAUCACUGCAUAUGCCGACGGGCCUGAAGAAAUGCGUAAAGUAGUGCGGGAACAUGCUGAAUUGGGUGUGGAUCAAGUGAAACUGUCCAUGUCAGGAGAAUCGAUUACCGAGAUUCGAGAUGCGCAGGACUGCUACUUCUCUGACGAGGAAACGAAGGCAUGUGUGGAUGAAGCACACAAGCAUGGAAUCCGAUUAUGCGCCCAUGCUCGGGCACGCGGCUCUGUCAGACAGUGCAUUGAUCAUGGAGUUGAGGUUAUCUACCAUGCGUCGUAUAUCGACGAGGAAUCUAUGGAUCUGCUGGAGCAAAAGAAAACGCAGCAUGUCGUCGCGCCCGGUUUGAACUGGCUGGUGGCAACACUCUACGAAGCGAACGCUUUUGGAUAUGCUACGGCAACAGCUGAAAAGGUAGGAUAUAAGAAGGAACUCGAGGCUGCUAUUCAGGGACUUCGAGAGAUGCAUAGACGAGGAAUUGUAGUGCUACCAGGAGGAGACUAUGGCUUUGCCUGGACUCCACAUGGCACAUACGCUCGAGACCUUGAGCACUUUACGAAGCUUCUUGGGUUUACUGCCCAUGAAGCCAUUAUCGCAGCAACUUAUGGAGUCGCAAAACUGUUCAUGAGGUCGCAUGAGAUGGGUCAGAUCAAGGCAGGUAACUAUGCCGACUGUGUUGUCGUUGAUGGGGACCCGUUGAAGGAUAUCACGGUACUACAAGAUCAUAGUAAAUUGGACAUCAUCAUGAUCAAUGGGCGGGUGCAUAAAGCAGGCCGGAAGGAACUGCUCGUCCCAGGGAGUUCGGAGAUAUAUGACAUCCACCAGAUCCGUCAGGCGAUCGAGGAGGUUGAGAUUAAGGUCCCGAUGCAGAAGGCCUAUUGA